AUGACAACAAAUUUGGCCGAAGCUAUGAACUCGAUACUUAAGGCUACCCGAAACCUUCCUAUUAAUGCAUUGGUUAAGUCAACAUUCUAUCGUCUGGGAUCGUUGUUUAGAAAACGAGGACACGAUUGGAAAAAACUAUUGGCAUCUAGUCAAACUUUCACGGAUAACUGUAAUAAGGGAAUGACCGAUGAAGCGAGUAAAUCUAGCAGCCAUAAUGUCAUCAAAUUUGAUCGCGAGAGAUUCUGUUUUAUGGUUGCCGAAAGGAUUAAUCAACACAAUGGCCGACCAUGA